AUGUCGAAGACGCUGAAGAAGAAGAAGCACUGGCUCAGCAAGGUGCAGGAGUGCGCUGUGUCCUGGGCCGGGCCCCCGGGCGACUUGGGCGCCGAGAUCCGGGGCGGCGCGGAGCGCGGCGAGUUCCCUUACCUGGGGCGGCUCCGGGAGGAGCCCGGCGGGGGCACCUGCUGCGUAGUCUCGGGCAAGGCGCCCAGCCCUGGGGAUGUGCUUCUGGAGGUGAACGGGACGCCUGUCAGCGGGCUCACCAACCGGGACACCCUGGCUGUCAUCCGCCACUUCCGAGAGCCCAUCCGUCUCAAGACUGUGAAGCCAGGCAAAGUCAUUAAUAAAGAUUUGCGACAUUACCUGAGUCUUCAGUUUCAGAAAGGAUCGAUUGACCACAAAUUGCAGCAAGUGAUCAGAGAUAAUCUCUACUUGAGAACCAUUCCAUGCACUACAAGGGCCCCCAGGGAUGGGGAAGUACCAGGGGUGGACUAUAAUUUCAUUUCUGUUGAACAGUUCAAAGCACUGGAAGAGAGUGGAGCAUUAUUAGAAAGUGGAACGUAUGACGGAAACUUCUAUGGAACUCCCAAGCCUCCAGCAGAACCCAGCCCUUUCCAGCCAGAUCCAGUUGACCAGGUCCUCUUCGAUAAUGAGUUUGACACCGAAUCCCAAAGAAAGCGAACUACAUCCGUCAGCAAGAUGGAAAGAAUGGACAGCUCUCUUCCAGAAGAGGAAGAAGAUGAGGACAAGGAAGCUGUUAAUGGCAGUGGAACUGCAGAAAACGGAGAGAGGCGUUCUGAGUCGUCUGAUUGGAUGAAGACUGUCCCGAGUUAUAACCAAACUAAUAGCUCCAUGGACUUCAGAAAUUAUAUGAUGAGAGAUGAGAAUCUGGAACCACUGCCCAAAAACUGGGAGAUGGCCUACACUGACACGGGGAUGGUCUACUUCAUUGACCACAAUACCAAGACAACCACCUGGUUGGAUCCUCGUCUUUGUAAGAAAGCCAAAGCCCCUGAAGACUGUGAAGACGGAGAACUUCCUUACGGCUGGGAGAAAAUAGAGGACCCUCAGUAUGGGACAUACUAUGUUGAUCACCUUAACCAGAAAACCCAGUUUGAAAAUCCAGUGGAGGAAGCCAAAAGGAAAAAGCAGUUAGGACAGGCUGAUACUGGGUCUUCAAAACCAGAUAUGGAAAAAUCCCACUUUACUCGAGAUCCCUCCCAGCUGAAAGGCAUUCUUAUUCGAGCAUCAUUGAAGAAAAGCACAAUGGGAUUUGGUUUUACCAUUAUUGGUGGAGAUAGGCCUGAUGAGUUUUUACAAGUAAAAAAUGUGCUGAAAGAUGGUCCUGCAGCUCAGGAUGGGAAAAUUGCACCAGGUGAUGUUAUUGUAGACAUCAAUGGCAGCUGUGUCCUUGGUCACACCCAUGCAGAUGUUGUCCAGAUGUUUCAAUUGGUACCUAUCAAUCAGUAUGUCAACCUCACUCUCUGCCGUGGUUAUCCACUUCCUGAUGACAAUGAAGAUCCUGUUGUGGACAUUGUUGCUGCUACUCCUGUCAUCAAUGGACAGUCAUUAACCAAGGGAGAGACUUGCAUGAAUACUCAGGAUUUUAAGUCAGGAGCAGUGGUCCUGGACCAGAACGGAAAGCCGGGACCCACCUUGAUCAGUGACCGUCUCAAUGGACCAUCGGACCCGAGCGAGCAGCGAGCAUCCCUGGCAUCAUCAGGCAGCUCCCAGCCCGAACUAGUGACUAUCCCUCUGAUUAAGGGCCCUAAAGGCUUUGGGUUUGCAAUUGCUGACAGCCCAACAGGACAGAAGGUCAAAAUGAUAUUGGAUAGUCAGUGGUGUCAAGGCCUCCAGAAAGGGGAUAUAAUUAAGGAAAUUUACCAUCAAAAUGUGCAGAAUUUAACACAUCUCCAAGUGGUAGACGUGCUAAAGCAAUUUCCAGUAGGUGCAGAUGUACCAUUGCUUAUCUUAAGAGGAGGUCCUCCUUCACCAACUAAAACUGCCAAAAUGAAAACAGACAGAAAGGAACAUUCAGGAAGUUUGGAGGCCAUAAAUGAGCCCAUUCCCCAGCCUAUGCCUUUUCCACCCAGCAUUAUCAGGUCGGGAUCCCCGAAAUUGGAUCCUUCUGAGGUCUACCUGAAAUCGAAGACUUUAUAUGAAGAUAAACCACCAAACACCAAGGACUUGGAUGUUUUUCUUCGGAAACAGGAGUCGGGGUUUGGCUUCCGGGUACUGGGAGGAGAGGGACCGGACCAGUCUAUCUACAUCGGGGCCAUCAUUCCUCUGGGCGCAGCAGAGAAAGAUGGUCGGCUCCGUGCAGCUGACGAGCUGAUGUGCAUUGAUGGGAUUCCUGUGAAAGGGAAGUCUCACAAACAAGUCUUGGAUCUCAUGACAACGGCGGCUCGAAAUGGCCACGUGCUAUUAACUGUCAGAAGAAAGAUCUUCUAUGGUGAGAAACAACCUGAGGAUGACAGCUCUCAAGCCUUCCUUUCAACACAGAAUGGCUCGCCCCACCUGAACCGAGCAGAGGUCCCAGCCAGGCCUGCUCCGCAGGAGGCCUAUGAUGUAGUCUUGCACCGAAAGGAAAAUGAAGGAUUUGGCUUUGUCAUCCUCACCUCCAAAAACAAACCACCUCCAGGAGUUAUUCCUCAUAAAAUUGGCCGAGUCAUAGAGGGAAGCCCAGCAGAUCGCUGUGGAAAACUGAAAAUCGGAGAUCACAUCUCUGCGGUGAAUGGGCAGUCCAUUGUUGAACUGUCCCAUGAUAACAUUGUUCAGCUGAUCAAAGACGCUGGCGUCACCGUCACACUAACGGUCGUUGCUGAGGAAGAGCAUCAUGGUCCGCCUUCAGGAACAAACUCCGCCAGGCAGAGCCCUGCCCUGCAGCACAGAGCCACAGGGCAGUCCCAGACCAACCACACAGCUGGGGACAGAAGUGCUCUAGAAGGUGAAAUCGGGAAAGAUGUCCCCACUUCUUACAGACAUUCAUGGUCUGACCACAAGCACCUUGCCCAGCCUGACACGGCAAUGAUUUCGAUUGUAGGCACCCGGCACAAUCAGAGCCUUGGUUGUUACCCAGUGGAGCUGGAGAGAGGCCCCCGGGGCUUUGGGUUCAGCCUCCGUGGCGGGAAGGAGUACAACAUGGGGCUGUUCAUCCUGCGUCUUGCUGAGGAGGGCCCCGCCAUCAAAGACGGCAGGAUUCACGUGGGUGACCAGAUUGUCGAAAUCAAUGGGGAGCCUACACAAGGCAUCACACAUACUCGAGCAAUUGAGCUCAUUCAGGCCGGUGGAAAUAAAGUUCUUCUGCUUUUGAGACCAGGAACUGGCUUGAUACCGGACCACGGUGAUUGGGAUGUUAAUAAUCCUUCGUCUUCAAAUGUGAUUUAUGAUGAGCAGCCCCCCUUCCCCCCAUCUUCCCAUCCUGCUUCCAUAUUUGAGGCGUCUCCCGUGCCAGUAAUUGAAGGAUCUUUAAUGAGAGGUCAGACAUGUGAAAAGACUGAGGAAUUAAAGGAUAGUGUGCCUGAAAAGAAAAGCACUUUAAAUGAAAGUCCGUCUGAUAAAAAGCAGCACUCUUUUCUCCAGAAAAAUGUGAAUAAAAGGGAUCCACCCAGCAGUCGUGGGCAGAGUGACAAGAAAAAUCUCUUCCGAGUAGAAAACGGUGUUCCACAAAGAGGCAGAUCCGCCAGUCCCAGAAAGCCCGCCGGCCGACAUGCAGAAGGACGUUCAGACAGGCUUCCCAGCCCUCUACCUACUGACCCCAAAAGAAGACCCAGAGAUCGAUCACUCAGCCCCAGGAAAGGGGACAGUAAAGGGGGGCAGAUGGGCACCAGGGCAGGUCCCGGACAAGAUGGCUGCGGAAGAAGCAGAGGACGGUCUUCGAGCCCAAAGCAGCCGCAGAAGACGGAGGGAAGCAAAGGCCGGUCCUCAGAGUCGGAGAGUCGGGGGGGCGGGGCCCGCGCGAGGGACGGGGCCGAGCAGAUCUCCGAGGGCAGAGAAGAAUCGGGUGUUGUCCAGAAGGACGCGAAGCAGAGCCAGUCUGCAAAAAACAGAACACGGUCUCCAGAGAAAAGCACGAGGGUGGACGAAAAGUCCCUUCCACCCAAAAAGACUAGUACCGCCGCUAGUAGACUGUUACCUGACAGGGAGAAAGGAAAGAAGGCGGCCUUGGCCUUAGGAGAGACAGGCUCCAGCAAAAAGAAGCCAGGAGAAGAUGCCAGACUGUCAGACCAGAAGCUGAAGCAGGACCCUGAAGAAAGGAUGGUUUUAAACAAAACCCGAGCUCCCCGAGGAAAAGAACAAGAGGCAGCCGACAGAACCAGAGAGAGCGGAGGGUUCCAACCUGAGAGCGCUUCUCCCGUUAAGAAAACACCCAUAGCUCCAGGGCCCUGGAAGGUGCCAAGUGCAAACAAAGCGGCAGGCACUACUGGUGUGGCCGAGAAACGGCUGUGA